AUGAUGAAAAAGCUCUUGAUAGACAAUCAGAAAGUUAUGGAUGAGAAUUUACAAGUUAGGGCUGAGAAUAAACAAGUUAGGGCUGAGAAUCAACAAUUGCGCACAGAGUUCAGAAAUUUAGAGAGGCAGUUUGGCCAAAUUGCUAAUACUCAGAAUCCUAGACCUGUUGGAGCUCUCCCUAGUGAUACUGAGCCUAAUCCUAAGGCUCAAGUCAAUGCAGUUACCUUGAGAAAUAGAAGACUAUUAGAAGAAGUUCCAAAGAAAAAGAAGUAUACACCUAGUUCUAAAGGAGAAUUAGUUCCUAAUCCAGUUGAGGGGAAUGAGAAAGAGAACAAAGGAUCAGAGCCAGUAAUUGUGACAAGGCCACUACCUUCGUUUCCACAAAGACUGCAAAAGCAAAAAGAUAACGCUAAGUAUAAGAUAUUCUUAGAUAUUUUGAGCCAAUUGCGUGUGAAUUUGCCUUUGGUGGAAAUUUUGCAGGAAGUGCCUAAGUAUGCAAGGUAUCUUAGAGAUAUUGUGGCAAACAGGCAAAGACCUACAGAGUUUGAAACAGUUGCACUUACUGAAGAGUGCAGUGCUAGUGUUCAGAGUAAACUUCCUCCUAAGUUAAAGGAUCCUAGGUGUUUCACAAUUCCUCCGUCUCUUGGAAAAUAA